CAAUGAGGGUAAAUGCGUUGUUGUUGUGUUCGUUUUGUAAUAGAAAAAACAGCAGAUGUGAGAAUGAGGUUUCUGUUGAGUCAAUGGAAGCCCUGUGUAGUUUGCGCUGCAAUGCUAAUUUAAUCCAGCAGAUGGCGCACACCGUUAUAAAACUUACAAAAAAAGCGAAGAAGAAUUCCCAUAAGUGAUUGUUUUACAGUUGCUCAAAGUGAAUGUCAAAGUCCUCUAAAGCACGUAACUACUUGGUCCUGUCCUGUCUGCCAAGCAGUCAUCCUCCAGCUGCCAUUUAUCAAAGAUAAGUACAUGUAUAUUUUCAAGUCAUUUGUAAUGGAGUCCACAUUUUCACCAAGUUAAGCUUGGAAGUGGGGCUUCUCCCUUCACCAUUAUUCUUGUGUUGUCAACAUUAUACCUUCAACAUCUUACCUGAUAUUUUUAAUUACCUUCUGCGAAAACACAAUAUGACUGAGGUGCUUGCUGUUUUGAUUGUGUUUGUGUUGGCUUACAUCCCCUAUCCCCCUCUGCAACCAAACACCAGUAAAGCUUUGAUCGAUGACAAGCUUUUUUCCAUUGAUAGGAAGGUGAUGUGGUGUCAUUUUUCAUUAAAGUGAGUGCUUUCCUGCACCGAAAGCGCAGCUUAAUAGCAUGUUACAUUAUUAUGUCAUUUUUCUAUCAGGUUUGUCUUUUAAUGUAAUUUUUUACAUGUACACCCCCAUCAAAGAUUAUAAUUUUAUAAUGACAUUUUAUUAUAUGCUGUCAUUAGGCUGUGUAUGUAGUGUAUCUAAUGUUUUGUUUUCCUGCAGCAUUGUCGGGUAUAGAGGCAGAUUCAUACUGAGAAACUCACCAUUAUAAUCUAGUUUUUAGCUUGCUGCUCAUACUCAUCCAGUGGCUUCAUCACUUUUUAUGGGUGUGUCUGGGUGAGGUCCUGUUCAUUGUUUGUCCCCAGCUCUUCCUUAGAGGAGGAGGAGGAGGAGGAAGGAACAGAUAAAUCGAAAUCUGUUUUUCAUCACCCCGACUUCAUUCUUCACAGCCCCUUUUUGAUGAGACAGUGGAGCAAACGUGGGUGGAGUUUGGAGAUUUACAGCUGACAAAUUGUACCGGCUACUAAAGCCAAGGGCCGCCACUAAUGAACAGCCGCUGCAAUCAUGCAGUUUGUGGGGUGGGGUGGGGGUACAGCGUGCUCGGGAGCCCAUCGAUCCAGUGUCAGCCUUGGGGUGGUGUAAAAUUGUAUUCUGACCCUGUCACAUCAGAGGGCAUUCAGCAUCAUGGUAUAUUAUAUUUUUUCCUUCUCGUGCCACAAGGAGAUGAGCUAUGUGUGCAAACAGGCAACAAAAGCCCUUCCUGCCUGGUGUGAAUAAAUGCUGUCAUCCUACCCCAAACACCACAGCAUUAUUCCCCCCUUUCUUUUUUUUUUACCCCCAUGGGUAUUGGCGUGCAGCCGGCGGCCCCAGCUGUUGCCUGGUGGUGAUGCACACUGCAGCAGGUUGUCAUCGGCCUGCUAGCAUCCUCUUGGAAGAGAGGAGAUGAGCGGCGUAAUUAGCGGAGAAUGAGGCCAGUGGCAAGCCAAGUGGUCCUCUGGGAGGACCCCCCUCCCCCCUUAACCACCCUCCCACCCCCUGUCGGGUCUCAGGGGACCUUGAGACGCGUGGCUAAUCCGCAGGGAGAUACCUGUUGGACUGACUCGGAGGGUGUUAACAGAACAGCUUCUGGGUUUAACUGAGAGUGACCUAGACGUUGUACAGAAGACAUUUUCCAGGAAAAUGCUAGCUAGUGGAGAAUAACAAUGAUCUCUGGUCAUUUUAUUACAGUAAUGAAAAUCCAGACACUGAGGGAACGUUAAUGACGGUCGAGUAAUCCUUUCUAAAUGUAUUCCAUUCAAAUUACCCACAGGCAAACGUUAUUAGGAGACUGAUUUAUUCAAUUAAAUCUUCUGUAAGUAAAUGCCUGUGGUGGGGGAAAAAAACUCUAAUAAUGCGUGAGUGAGGUAUGUUUUUUCUUUUAAUGAGAUUUUAUGAGCAAGUAGAUAUAUCGAUCCUUGUUAUAAAAUAGCGUACAAUUACGCCAACAGUCAUUCAGCGAAGUUUGAAAGACGUUUUGUGCAUUAGGAAAGAUAGUGUUGCAGUUAGUGGAAUUCAUCACAUGCAGAGAGUACCAGGCAUCUAUAAUGUACAUUUAAAUAUUGUUGUACUCAUUAUAUAAUGUUGCAUAAUUUCUGCAAAAAAAAUAUUUUACAAGUAACACAUAAUACAGUAAUACAUAAAAUGAAAAAUUAAUUAAGCGUUAACCCCAGAUCUUUUUUUUCCAAUCCCUAAUAUUUUUGUGUUGAUUUUGAAAUGUUUAGCUAUAAACAUCACUGUAAACUUCAGCUUUACAGAUGCCAUGUCUGCUCUGUUGAAAAAGGCCUUUCGACAUUUUGACUCUACAAUACUAUUGUAAUUGCUUCUCACGUAUUUGACUCUAGCUUAAAUUGUUGUGUAUUGUGUCUGUGUUCCUCAUGCAUCUCUUGCGUCUGCGUGUGCUGGUGUGUGCAGGUGCACGACGGCCGCUUAUGUUCCAUCUGUGUGUUUCGCUGAUGAGUAAAGCCAUGAAAUAGAUCCAGCUGGAGAUGUGCGCGGCGCAGCAAAGCCUCCUGGGAAAUCAUCCGCACCGUGUCCACUUCUUUUAGCACCCGGGAGAACUAUCAAUAAGUGGGUAAUUGAAUUUUAAGCACAAACACUGCCGUCAAAUGAGCGCAUGCGUGUGUGUGCGUGUGUGUUUAGUUGUGUGAGCACAGCGAGGCUGUCGUCGAGCUCCCCGGGGGACUGGAGCAGGAGGGAUGAAUGUGUAAUCCAUUAAAUAACAAUUACGGCCUGUGAUGGUGCUGUACAGUAGCUUGUUUGGUGAGAGGAAGAAGGGCGGUGAAGAGCUUCUCUAAAAUCUAAAAUUGGUUCUUUAUGACAAACACACGCUUGCAUGACAGUUUUAGCUCACUUUCCUGUGAUUCUAGUCAUGUACAUAAUCACAAUUAUAUUUAUAAAAUUAAAUGUUUUCGACAACAACAAACUAGUCAUCCUCCCGAUGACCUCUCCAUCACCCUCUCAUCAUUUUCACCUCUUUUAAAGUCCCGCUGAAUGGAAAUGAGGUUGUUCAAUUUUAUGUAUGUAUGAUUUCUCAUGAGACAACCUUAUGACAAAUGCGUACGCUUAAUGCUGUGUUCACCUCUCAGCUCAUCAGUAAGCAAAGAAGGCAGCGAUAACAAUGUUUUAUUUAUUUCACUUCAGUGAACAGACUUCCACAGGAGCGCAGAUGUUUUCGUCAGCUCGCGUCCCUGUACGCUGCCUUUUGUUUUUUUUGACUUUUUGUGUUUGUGUUGAAUGGCAGGAGAGCAUAUCUGACUCAUGUGGAACCAUGAAACAUUUGACUUUGUGCGUUAAGGAACACUCAGGACAAACUUGUGAUUAGUUUGCGAAGAUUAUUAUAGAAACUGCACAUACCUUUCUCAUUGCAUGGUAAAAACAAUAUUUGUUUAAACCGGGGCAGAGUCAAAUAUUGGGGGGUGUUAUUGCGACGGAAUGGCAACAACAAAAAACAAGCGGUAACACGGGGUGCCCAUUACGUCGAUUCCGAAGGUAGUUUGGGUCCAUCUCAUAAACGUCACUUUGUAGAUGUCAUACGACAUUAAGCUCCCCUCCUGAUUCGCUGUUGCUCCCCCACGGCAAAGAUUAGGUGCUGAUCAAACCUCUCAAACUACAAGAUCCACCUUUCAUCUUUAUUAUUCAGAUUACAGGACAUUUUACAUGUCAUGUGUUAUGAUAAGAGAUAGAUCGACUUGUAACAUGCAUAUUGUGUAGUGUGUGCACCCCGCCUGAUAUCCAUGGACAACGUACAUACAUACUCAUAUUUAUAAAUUCAGGGUCAGGCAAAAUGAUGUGACACACUUGUAGGUUAAAUAAAAGGCAAAUAAAGUAUUUUCAAAAGUACAUAUAAUGCCAUUCUGUUUUAAAAUUGAAUGAGUUCUGGCAGUGCAAUGUCGGUUGAUUUUGGUUUCAAUGCAGAUCAAGUAGCUCUGAAGUUGGUAACCCAUAACAAGAUGGUGUUUGGAGCUGCUACGGGAUCAUGUCUACCAAGAUUGAAGUGCAAACGGAACGCUCGUUGUGUUGCAGUUGAUAAACGUUUCCACAAUUAAAGUGCAACACUCACCAGUCCAAUUCAUGGCAGCAACUGAAAAAGAAAUGAAAAAAAUGGCAUAUGAAAAACAAAAUAGUAUUAUAUGUACUGUUAGAAAGUAAAAACACUUUUUUGUGUGUGUCUUUAUUUGCCUUUUAUUUAACCCUCAGUAGAUCUUUGGGAUUUUAAAAGUAGAUCGCAGACUGAGAAAGUGUGACCACCCUCUGGUGUCUCUGUCCAGGCAAAAAUAAUAAUAAUAAAGAAAAAGACUACAUCAUUUAAAGUUGCACCGCUGAUCCAAAACAAGUUUGCUAGCUGCCGUUUUCUCAUGGCGCUCGCACAAUGGCCCGUGUAUGGGACCUGCCUGGUGGCAUUGCUUAAUUAGGCGAAGACUUGAUUCAUUUGCACCAACUGACAGCUAAUUAAAGAAGUGAGGGCACAUUGAAGUGAUGUUCCAUCCCGAGGCCAGAAGACCCUCUCUUGACUGUGAGAGCGAGUUGUGGUACAUUAAGCCUUUGUGAGUCCCAUCUGCCUUUUUUUGCAAGUGGCCUCAAACAUAUGUGUCAGUCUGGAGGCUCAGUCGUGUUGAAAUGCAACCUGUUGAGCCAUCUGCUUUGUUAGGGGGCAAAGAAACUGAAAGUGAACCUGACAAAUGAGUCAGAAUGAGAGUUAAGUCUUGGCCAAAAUGCCACAAUCUGAUUUUCUUUUUAAAGUCUUAAUGAGGCUGUCAUAGCAGCAGCAGCAGAUGAAGUUCAGUGUUGUGUCUGCUCCUGCUUUCAACGGGACAUCAGGCCCCGCUGUCACGAGACGUUAAACAAGUUGUCUGGACAUUCAGGGGCCAAACAUUAAAGGUCCCAAGCGAGUCAACUCCAAUUUCUCCCUUUCAGAGGGACAAGGACAAGGCUCUCGGCAGGAGUCCGGGACUCGGCGGCCCAUGUGAAUCCAGGGUAGACAAUUAGGGGCUUAUUAGGGUGUACAUCGCGGGGCGUCCGCUCGCCUGUUCGGCCCCAGCGCAGAGCCGCUGCCAUCGCUCAAAACAGUCAGGGGCAUUGUCUCACCUAAUUACGCAGAAAGCGGGGGCCCCCUUUUUGUGUUGCCACUGCCAUGCCUGUCCGAUUCCCUUCUCCCGCUGAACCGCUAGUCCCUGUCCACUGUGGGAGCGUGCUAAUUAGACAAGAAAUGAGCCCGAGUAAUUAUGUCACUUCUGAUUAUGCCCAACCACAAUGACAACCACUUUUGAGAAAGUUCUGGUUUUUUGGGGGGGGGGCUCUUUCCCAUGAAAAUAUCCCACUCAUUACGCCAGUAGCACAUCUGCACAUGCAACAGGGGAUAGCAAAGAUCUGCAUUCUAGAAAUGGAAACGAGGCAAUAGCAUGAAGUUAUUGCCCUAAUUAAUGUGUGGCCCCCGUAAAGCCCAACCGUGGAGUCGCCAGUGGCGCUUUUGUGAGAGCCUUUUGUGUCCUCACCUUAAUGGGAUGUUUUGAUCAACGGCUGUUUGCUGACCCGCCUCCUCCUUCUGAAUGGCCGACGCUGGGAAACGGCAAUUAGCUGGAUUAGAGGAGCCAUUUCUGGGCCCUGCAAAACAAAGGUGUUCAGAAGGAGCCGCGCCGUGCUCUAACGCUGACCUGCUUGGAUGUUUUAGAUUUUAAACACUUUCAGUGCAGCUCUACACUUCUUUUGGCCCUGCCUAUUUUUUCCUAACUACGUGUUGAUACUUAUUUGCGUCCAUAAAUACCUUGUUUUGGUAAAUAACAGUGUAUAAAUAUACUAUUUGAGAAGCACUGGAGUACACCAUUUAGUAAUGUAAUGGUCCUAUCUGCAGUAUACCCAAACGUCACUUGGUCAAUCUCAUUGAAAAGAACCUCACCUCUUCUAUUUUGGCAUAUGUUUAUAUAUAUAUGUGUAUUUCUAUAUUUAUUUUGCUAACCGGGUAUUACAUGUACCCCCAAAUUAAAGUGAUACAUUAAAUAAUAAAAUUAGGGCUGUCAAAACAUCUAAUUUAAUUUAAUUACGUUAAAAACAAAUGUGCAUAAUUAACACAUCAUGGCAAGCCCCGUAAGCACUGUAGCAACCCCAAAGAGACUGAUGCUUUUUAAAUAAAGAAAGUAUUCUGACCUGAUAUGUAUCUCCAACUCACUAACACGUCUCUAGUCCCUUCAUCAUCACAACCACACUUCCUCAUUGUCAGUAGAGGACUGCAAAAUGCAUUCACGGACACUCGGAACGUCAUCACGUCUUCAUUAUGCAUGUAUGUCUGGUCUAAAUGAGCAGAAAUCCAAAGAAAAACAAGAAGUGGAUAUUCUCAUCAUUCGCUUUGUAACUCUUAAUGCGGAAGUACAAUUUGUUACAUUUAAGUGAAAUACACUCAAAAGAUUUGAAUUCAACUUAAAUUAUCUGGUGUCUCUGAAUGCAACCCCUCCUUGCACAUACAUAACAUGGUUCAAGUGUGAUUCAAAUGUUAAAGUGCUACUGUUAAAGAAGCUAGUGGAAGAUAAAUAGAUUUUUAGACUGUGCUCUAUAUAUAUGUUUUCAUUUUUCAUGUGGCGCUGUUAAUACAUACAAAUAUAUAUAAUCCUGUCUUUAUUUCUUUCAUUAAAAUACGGUAAGAAUGGGCAUAUUUCAGACAAAUGAUAGAUGCAAAUGGUGAGUGUAGUCAUUAUUAAUUAAUUUGAAAACCGUAAUUAAUCUGAUUAAAAAAUGUUUAAUCAUUUGACAGCCCUAAUAAAAUGUAAAAUAAUGCAAAGCAUCACGCUUGGCAUUCCCUCCUUAGUUGGCAUUUAUGUUAGCUUAUUUUUAGAUAUGGUGCACGUGGUCUCAAUAUGCUAUUAAAUGUCUGUGUAUUAUUCUAUUUUCCCAUUUUUGUAUGACCGUCAAGUACAAUUUAAGCAUUUAAAAAAAGCAUACAGAAUUUCAGACAAGACUGCAGCAAAUACAAGUUAGUUUAAAACCAGCGAGUCAAAAUGAAGCUAAAAUGGCCUCCAUUAUGUCUGCUUCCUGGUGUGACGUCAUCUGGCGCGUGUCUGCAGUUGCCGGCCACAAAAUCAUAUCAUAGAAAGCUCAUUUGCAUGUCGUUAUUGACACUGUUGCGCCAUUAUUCGUUAUAAAAAUCCACCCAGGUAUAAACGAAUAAUAAUAUCAUGACUCGAUGCGGUGAGGCCUGUACAGAUGGGUAAUGACGCUCAUUGCGAAGCGUCAUCCGUGAUACUAUCUCCUAUCGUAUAUCCCAUCUCUAGUGUCGUGGGCCUCUCUACAGUCUCUCGGGAAUCAUCUAUUUAUUUAUUCAUUCCUUCUUUUAUUCACACUGCGUCCAGAAGUGUGCCACAAAUCACGUGCAACCGUCCAGUAAUUGAAUUAAUAGCUGAUUAGUGCCACAUCCAGAGGGAAAUAACGAAAACUGCACAAAUAAUGCCUUUUUAUAUUUCAGUGAAAUCUCAGUAUGUUUUUAUGUCUUCAUGGUAAUUCUGCACUAUUUAGUUGUCCCCCUGGUGUGUCCUAAAUACCCCAAACUGGGACGUUGGGGGCUAACAGAGGGAAGGAGGGGGGGAGCUUAAUAACAUAUCAACAGAUGCACGGUCUAUAAAGACAAAAGCUUUUAUUGCUUAGACCUAAUUAGAAUAUGCAAAUGAGCAAGGCGUUGUGGCAGGCAAGGGGUCGAGUCUAACGGAUCAAUCACGCGUUGAAUUGAUUAAUUAACUUAGAGAGAAGUGGCUCGUUGAGGUAAUAUGGUUUGUGCAACAGUUAAAUGUUCAUUGUGCAUAUUUUGUUUAAUAGUAUGUUAUUUUAUGAUAUGAUAUAUACAAUAUUUGACAGUACAUAUAAAAUGGUGCUCAAUUUUGGUGCAUGAACGAAUUAUUGUGACUGGAGUUUGCAGUGUAUGUUUCUAAUAUUUUCCUCCAAGCUAACCAAAUGAGAAACAGACAUACAAUCUUACACAUAAACCUAUUUUCAAACGAAUGCACAUCAUUUUUAUGCAGCUUUUUUUUUUUAAUUUAUUUUGCAAUUUUGGAGGAAAAUAAUGUAUUUAUUUGCUGCCAAAUUUAGAGCAUCCUGCUUCAUUUUAAGCUGAUUUUCUCCCCCAAGUUAAGAGAUUGUUCCGGCUGUUUGGAUCCAUCAGAUGAGCUCAACGAGAUGAUCAGUGACAGUAGGGAAAGUAUAUAAGCUCCUUUUCCCCCCCACACCCCCUGAUUUAUUUGCCUAAAAUCAUCUUCAUGUGAACGUUAAAGAAGAACUACAUCAGGAACAUGAGACAUUUCUGCCCAGCAACAGAUGAGUGUUUUAAUGCUAAGAUACAAGAUAAAGAACAUUAUAUUUAAUGCAUGGCCAACACGGUGGAAAGUUGAAUGUGUCUGUCCUCUGAUGAUUGGCUGCCUGUUGCCUACUGGAUUAAAAACACACCAAGGGGGGAGAGAGUGGGAGACUAACCGAAGGGGGGGUUGGAUAAAGAGGAGCAUCCCGCCUGCAGCAGACGGCAAACUAAAAGUGAAAUCUCAGCAUCAUGACCGGGAAGGACGGAGCUGUGCUUUCAGACACCGAGAACAAACAGACACCCCCCGCUCACGGAGGACCCCUGCAGCCGCCCCCUGCGUGGAAGAUGGCCCCCACUGUGCACCGGCGCACGGGUUUCGGCAUCCAGGAGCUGCUUGGCCUGAAUAAAGAGCCACCGCCACCACCGAUGACGACGGCGACGCCGCCAGCUGCUACCACACCGAGGCGGCCGCUGGAGGCCUUGCCCCACAGGGCUCACGUCCUGGCCGCCAGGUCGGCACUCGGGCACGGCGCUCUGGGCGUGGGCCUGCUGGGGCCCGAAGGCAUCCACUCGUUCUACAGCCAGCCCGCCUUUCUGGAGGUGCUGUCCGAGGCGCAGAACGUACACCUGCAGCCGCUGCAUCGGACCUCGCAUUUGGACGCGCACAACUCGGCCAGCUCGGAUUCUGAUGACAUGAGUUUAUCCCCUGGUGAUAAAAAAUUCUCAAAAUCAUCUUUGAGUCAGAGCAAGAAAAGAAAGAAAAGACGACACAGGACUAUUUUCACCUCCUAUCAGCUGGAGGAGCUGGAGAAAGCCUUCAAUGAGGCUCACUAUCCAGAUGUGUACGCCAGAGAGAUGCUCUCCAUGAAGACAGAGUUGCCAGAGGACAGAAUACAGGUGUGGUUCCAGAACCGCAGGGCCAAGUGGCGAAAGCGGGAGAAGUGCUGGGGCCGCAGCAGCGUGAUGGCAGAGUAUGGGCUGUACGGCGCCAUGGUCCGACACUCCAUCCCGCUGCCGGAGUCCAUCCUCAAGUCUGCCAAGGAGGGCGUCACAGAGUCGUACGCUCCGUGGUUAUUAGGUAUGCACAAGAAGUCUGUGGAAACGUCACACAGCCCUGGAGACAAAAACACACUCACACCACCGCCUACACAGGAGAAGACGGCGUUGGUGUCAACGGCGGAGGAGGAAAAAGAGCGGACAAAGAAUGACACGUCGCCCAUCACAAAGGAUGAACUGCGGGUGAACAGUAUCGCCACGCUGCGAGCCAAGGCACAGGAGCACAGCGCCAAGAUGCUCGGGACGCGCGAGUGCAAAGGGGAAGUGGAGGACGGGUUGACAGAGGAUGAGGCGGCCGACAUGGAUGACUGAGAAGACUUCUUAACUGCCUGAAAGGAGUCAUGCAGGCUUAAGACAUGAGAUACUGUAUUUAAUGUCUGAACAAAGAAUCUGGCCUACCUCCUGUUUGAAAUGCACCACAGGGGUAUAAGUCAGAGCUAGUUGUGACCUUUGACCUCCACAUGACUUCGGAUCACCUCAUCAAGCACAGUAGGAAGCCCAGCACCCCCUUUUAAUGUGACCAUCUGUGUACAUACUUGAUUAAAUGUAUAAUAGUUGAAUUAUCUGUGUUUGUCUUUGUAUAUAUGUAACUGCCAUCUGAU